CUCCAACGGCGAAACAUCCUCUGGUCGGUCGUGCCUCCCACGACCCUUGCUGCAGGCCGCGAGAGAAGCUCCUCCCACCACGUCCCUGCUGGGUGCAGAAGGUCUGAUCAGUGUGAGCUCACCAUCCGUCUCCAGGCUCCUACUCCUCCAAAGAAGCUCCAGUCUCAUCUGCUGCCAUGUUUCCUGGAGGGCCAUGUGGAUUGGUCCUUGCUCUCUUUUGGCUGGCACUCAGCCCAGUCCACUCAGCAGCUAACUCUUUCCAGAUGUGCCCAACUCAGCAGCCAGAUGUCUCAGUCUGGCCUGUCCAUUCCUGCUCCAUCCCUGAGGGCUCCUCUGUGCAGAUCCCAGUGAGCAUUUCCAGAAGCAUGUCUGAAGUGUGUAAGAGAAACCCCUACGCUUCCCAAUGCGACAACAUCUUGAUCCUAAACAGCCAGAAACCACAAUAUUUCAACAGCAACUUUGAAGGCCACAUCACCUUGUCAGAUAAGUACUUCACUGUUGAGAACAUGAGCAAAUGGCUUGAAGGAGACUAUCAGAUUAAACACUGGAAUGGAACCAUUACAGCAUCUGUCUCCCUGAAGAUGGCUGAUCCCACCCUAUUCUCGCCUUCCACACCAGGGAGCCCCAAGUCUAUUGAGAGAUCUUCCAGUGGGACUGCAGAAGGGAAGAAUCCAGCAAAUGCCACCCACUAUGCAUAUUUGGCUCUGUUAGUGGUGCCUUUUGUGGUAGUUGGUUGGGUGUUAUGGAAAUGUGUGAGACGGCACAGUCCAGAUGGACGAAGAUUCAGACUCAUUAGGAUUAACUGGAAGCAGCAGGUCCCAGAAGGAAUGAAUGGGUGUGCUCUCGCAAAUGGAGACGCACAAAUGAAUGAACAUGCACGCACCAGUGAACAUGACCAUGCCAGUGGAUGUCAGCACCUCAGUGGACAUGGACAUAAUGACGGACAUGGAUACACAAGUGUACAUGUACACACUGGUGAACAUAUACACCACAACGGACAUGGACACACCAAUGAACAUGGCCGUGCUACUGUGCCUCUCUUGCAGGGAGCUGGGGCUGAACUGCACAGGCUAUCUGGUGAGGAGAAUCCUCCGCAAGCAGUGAUUACCCCCUCCUAGCACAUGAUGCACAUGGGGGCAGACAGACAUCAUCUGCCUCAGCAGUGUGGUCCACAUGCAUUUUUUCCGCCAAAUGGUGCAGGGGCUGGUGCUGGUAACCUCAGUUUCUGACUUCCAGUUCACCACAGUGCCUGAUUCUGCCUUGCUGUGUCUUAUUACUGACAGUUUUUGAUGCCUGGUGCAGGUCUCCAAGGCCCUUCCAGGAAGGGCUGAGAUUUAUAUAAUUGGCAGAGACCUACAGCCCACUUCUCACGUUAAUCCAUCCUGUGGUUGAGCUGGGACAAUCUGCAGACUUGGGCAAUAUCAGUCACACUCAGGGCAGCUCCCCCCACAAAGCUCUCUAAAGAUUCAGGCACAUGUUGCUGCAUCGGUUACACCCAGGGCAGCUCCUGCCUCUCAGAGCAAUUGCCUCAGGCUCUCUGCAAACCCAGGAGAUGUCACUGCAUCAGCUACACUCAGGUGACAUUGUCAGAUUUUUUUCUCUGCAUCUGCGAGAGCUAGCAACAUAGUGGUGGUGUUUUAUUAAAAGUGGGAUUCUGCUGUAAUCACAUGACUCCAGAAGUUGGUGCCCUACUAGUAGAUUUAUAAUGCCUAUACCUUUUAAUCCAGUCCCGGGCAGAGACUUGAUACCUCAACAAACACAUUCCCAUUUCAAUGUGCUUGGUGUAUAUCUAUCUAUGUCAGGGGUGGCCAAACGGUGGCUCCGGAGCCACAGGCGGCUCUUCACAAGUUAAUAUGUGGCUCCUUGCAUAGGCACCGACUCCGGGGCUGGAGCUAUAGGCACCAACUUUCCAAUGUGCC